AUGCGUUUCGCUGUUGUUGCCUCUGCUCUCUUCGCUGGCCUUGUUGCCGCUGCUCCCGCAGUCACUGAGACUGUCCACUCCACUGAGGUUGAGACCAUCACCUCCUGCGGUGUAANNCCUGAGGUCACAAACUGCCCAGCCAGAACCCAAUCUAGCAGCGUUGUUGUCCCUACUUCAGCUCCCGUUGUCCCUACUUCGGCCCCUGUCGCCGCCGCUGUUCAGAACACCUCUGCCCCAGCUGUUCCUGAGCUCUCGACUGUCACCCUUUACUCCACCAAGGCCGUCACCAUCUCUUCGUGUGCUCCUGAAGUGACCGACUGUCCCUUGAGAACUUCUUCUUCAGUUGUUUCUGUCGGUACAACCGUCGUCCCUGCCGCCCAGGUCCCCACAUCUGCACCUUUCGCCAUGGUUAACUCUACCAUGCCGGUCGGUGCCCAGGGAACUGCUGCUUCCACCGGUUUCGGCGCUUCUGCCACUGGUGCCAUGCCCUCAUCCUACACUGGUGCUGCUGGCAAGCUCAACGCCGGCAUGGCCCUUGCCGGUGUUGCUGGUUUCGCCGCUCUCCUCAUCUAA